AUGAAUGCAUCAACAAGGAUUGUGAUCUUGGGGAAAACUGGAGCUGGGAAGAGCAGCCUCGCCAACACCAUAUUUGAAGAGAAAAUGUUCAAGACAAACAAUACAGCCAACUCUGGAACAUCUACGUGUCAAGCGGUAACCAAAUCUGUCAACGGAAGAACCAUUACUUUGAUCGACACUCCUGGUUUCUUUGACACUAAGAGAUCUGAGGAAGACAUGAAGGCUGAGAUAGUGAGGUGUAUCACAGAGUGUGCUCCUGGGCCUCAUGCCUUUAUCAUUAUGCUUAAAGUAGAGAAAUUCACAGAGCACGAGAAAGCUGUUAUCACUACAACAAGCCAGUAUUUCUCUGAAGAGGCUUUUAAAUAUUCCAUAGUUGUCUUCAGUCAUGGUGAUGAGCUCGAAGAUGGGACAAAGAUCAAAGAGUGGGUCGAUCAAAAUGCAGAUCUAAGUGACCUGGUAAAGAAGUGCGGGAGCCGGUGCCAUGUGUUUGAUAAUAAAUACUGGUCGAAAACCCCGCAAGAUGAAUACAGGAACAACAAGUCCCAGGUGAAGGAGCUUCUCGAGACAAUAGAUGCGAUGACGGCAGCCAAUGAAGAAAGCUGCUUCACCAAUGAGAUGCUACAAGCAUGGGAGAGGCGUAUACAACAAGAGGAGGAGCGCAUCAAAGCAUCAGGUGCAAACAUGUCACAGGAAGAGAUCAGAGCGCAGGCUAAAAGCCGUGUCUUCAAGCGUUUGUUAACACUGAUGGCAGGUGUCUCAGCAGGAGCAUUGUUAGGACAUUUCCUUGGUGAUAAGGUCAUGCAAAACGAAGGGCUAGCAACAGCAUUAGGGAUGUGUAUUGGCAAGACUCUGGCAGUGACAUAUGUCUCAUGA